AUGGCAGCGGAUCCAAGCACUGCGAGCGACGCACCAAAUGGCGACUACCAGGCACUAUGGGCAAACAAAUACCGAGGCGCCACAGUAGAAGACCUCGAUCCCCCGCCUGCCCUCUCCGUCAAGCCUACCGACCCAAUCUCAUGGGCGCUCAUGUCCGGCCUUGAACGCGACUAUACACACCUCACUGUCAUUGCCGAGGCGAAUCGCGCACUACUUGGAUACAUUAGCAUCCCGCAUCUCCAGCAACUUCUCAAAGAAGGCAAAGUCAAGGACAGCGACCCUGUUCAAGAGGCCAUGCACAAGUUCCAGCGACGCGGCAGGAGGUACAAGGUCAUCACUACAGAGACGCCACUCGAAGAGCUUGAGGAGUUUUUUAAUGGCGGAGUAGAUGGCAGCGGAAAGCAGGAGUUUGCGGUGGUGACUGAUGCAAGCAGGAAGUUCGUGCUCGGGGUGGCUACAAGGGCGGACUUGGAGAACUUUGCGAAGAGGAGGGCAUAA